GCAUGACGCCGCGCAUCUGUUCUGCCUGGUAGCACUCCCGCGUCAAUUAUGCCCUGGGUGCUGGUUCGCCCUGUCCUCUGGCGCCAUUCUGCUUAUGUUCACGCUUUCUUUCUCUUGUUUCUUUUCCUGCUCGCGGAAACCGUCCAUGCACAGACUUCCGUGAACGGACAAGUCUUCACCAGUGGUCUGGCUAUUCUGGAUGCCCCUGCCCCCCAGAGCGUCCAGCAUGCAGGCAGCAACAUGCCCAUAGCCAUCGACGUAUCCGGCGACGGAAAGCUGUCGCAGACCGCUACAAUCCCCGGCUCAGGAUUACCCACUCGCUACGACUCCCUGGAGCUCUACCUCGUCUCGUCCCAGACCAGCAUGAACCUGACCGUGUCUGAAGGAACAGGUCUUCUGACGCAGGAGAGCGGAAGCACCGUGAAGCAUCUCAACUGGCCGAUACCCAAGUGCCUCCCUGCUGGCCAGUAUAACCUCACUCUGUACGAGACGUCCCAUGUGAACAACCAAGGGUUCUUCUCAAUCACCCCGAUCCCCGUCACGAUACAAAACCCCGCCCCCUCGGGUCUUUGCACGGACGGGUCGAACGAGUUCCUCGGCCAGCCACAAACGUCCUCUCCCCCGCCGCAGAAUCCCUUCCUGCCCUUCCCGGGAGGGCCCAUCACGAUUACCCUUGGGCCCUCCGGGGUGAUCUUCCCCUCCCAGUCGACCGUCACGCAAACCGUCACUGCGCCUCCGUCCACCGUGACGGUUGUGGCCGUAUCGGUCGGGACGACCACCUUCACGAGCGUUCUGCCCGGGACAACGCAAAUUAUCACCAGCGUUAUCCGGUCGACGGAGACUACCACAGCACUCAUGGCCUCCGGCUCCAUCGACACGUCCGGCUUCUUCCCCGUGAACGGUGCUCCGAGCGCGAGAGCGAGCAGCUCGACCGUCCCGGUAAUAGUAUGCUCGCUCGCUAGUCUGCUGCUAUAUACCAUUGUAUAGCCGACUGUUUUUCGUGGACUUUAUAUACUAUCUUGGCGGAUGUAUCGUUAUUCGGACCAUUUUUAUUCGUUUCGUAUUAAUACGCAUGUUAUCUGGGGUUAUAGCAUAGGGCAGACUCAUC